GCUAGCUAGUACUACAGAUGGAGUACCAGAGAACAUACACUGUUCAGCCAGAUCAAAUCGAGAAAGAGGACCAAGUGGAGGAGUUAAGCCAAAUUGAAGACUUGAAAACACCCUACGAAUUUGCAAUGGAGGAUAACUGGGAAGGCGCGAAGGAAUACUACGAGAAGAAUCCGGAAAAAUUGCUCAGGCCAAUGACGCUGGAUGGGGACAAUGUACUUCACCUUGCGGCUUCUUGCACAAGCAAAUCACAAGGAAAAAAAGUCCUUGAAUAUUUGGUUGACAUACGCGGAAAUUCAACCAGCUAUGAAAAGAGAAAAUCUUUGAGGGUUCAGAAUAAUGACGGAAACAAUGCUCUUCACCAGGUGGGUGUGUCCGGCAGUGUGGAAGCGGCAGAGUUCUUGGUGAGCAAUUUCAACGAGCCUGUCAAAGUCAGUUUUACUACUGAUGAAGACAAUGAUGCGCUGCCUUUGCUGCGGACUCGGAACCAUUUAGGAGAAACUCCGCUCUACAGAACUGCUGCUCUUGGUCACACUAUCUUGGUCAAGUUUUACGCUGGCAAACUGAAGGAGGAGAAUCCAGACGCUCUUCCGAUGCAGUUCAACAGAUAUGACAAAAUGUCCGUUCUUCGUAUGGCUGUCAUCGCCCAACAUUUUGAGACUGCUCUUUGGUUACUAGAGAACUACGAUUUUCUAGCACAACAGAAAGACGAUGAAGGAUUGACAAGCCUUCAAUUGCUAGCCCAAAUGCCGAGAGCCUUUGUGCCACAGUUUCAACAGAGCCAAUGGAAGAUGCUCAUUUAUCAUUGCCUUCCCGGUGGAGGAGAUGUGGUCACACCAAAUCACAAGGAUGAUGUGGAGAGCAACAUCGGUAGCAACCAUCCCCGUCAAUCCAUCUUUCGGAACAAGCUUGCAGCAUUUGCUGCGAAGGCAUACUAUUCACUAUGGGACUCCCUUGCUCAAGGAGGCCUGCAGGGCGGCAUAAUAUAUAAAAUCUGGAAGGACAAAAAAAACAAAAAAUCACUAGAGAAACUCAUCCCGUUGCUUGUCAAAUCGGACCAUUCUUGGUUACAUAAUAGCAGGAAACCAAAAACCAAGACCAUUUAUCUGGGGUCAGUGGCAAAACUUUUUAAAGAUGAUGACGGAGGAAAAAGGGAAAAGGCAGCCGCACAAACAGCUAAAACAGAGAUGGGAAAUGGCGAUGAUGGAGGUGAAAAGGGAAAGGCAGCUGCAGAAGCAAUCAAACCGGAAGAGGGGGCAACCAAUAAAGUUUACAACUCAACCCCAUUGCUUAUAGCAACUAUCGCAGGAACUGUUCCCCUCGUGAAGGAGAUACUUGAGCAGCAUCCUCAAGCGGUCGAGCACGUUAACUAUAACGAACGCAACAUUUUGCAUUUGGCAAUUAAGUACCGUCAGAUACCAAUUCUUAAUCUUAUCAGAAGCAAACCAACUGUAUUGGCGAGGCUGAAUGAGAGGAUCGACUGCGAUGGAAACACCAUACUGCACCAGGCUGCAGAUAGGAGUUACUACACUAUAGCACUGUCUCAGAAUUUAAUUGGUCCUGCCAUGCAGUUGCAAGCAGAGCUGCGCUGGUUUAUGCGUGUGGAAGAGAUACUACCGCCUCAUUACAGCAUGCACAACAACAAGAAGGAACUGACAGCAGAGGAGCUGUUCUACUAUGAACAUAACGAGCUUCUGGAAUCGGCACAAGAAUGGAUAAAAGAAACGGCUCAGUCAUGCUCAACCGUGGCGGUGCUAGUGGCCACUGUGGUCUUUGCAGCCGCCUACGCCAUUCCCGGGGGUAAUGAUCAAAGUGGCCGUCCUAUUUUCCAGGACGAUCCUCUCUUUUUGCUCUUCACUUGCAUGGACGUUGUGGCUAUCGCCUGCUCAUUGUCUUCAGUGGCUUUUUUUCUCUCUGUCCUCUCCUCUCCACUCGAGUAUCCGCUUUUCAUCAGCAGCCUUCCUCGCAAGAUCAUGACUGGAUUCGUCUUGCUCUUCUUGUCCAUGGCAACAACCAUGCUUGCCUUUGCCGCGACCAUUUUGCUCUUGAUUCGUGUCGAGAAGAAAUGGACCAAGUCUUUACUUUACCCCAUUGCCUUUUUCCCAGUCCCUCUCUUCGGCCUGCUGCAGUUUCCUAUGUAUCAUUCUUUCAGAGUCAUGUUUCAGAAAAUUGAUGCCUGGGUUUUGAACCCCUUCCGCUGCAUUCUCAGCUUUUCCAAGAACAGUUCAAUAUGGGGCAAGCGUAAGGUGCAUUGAAUCACAUAUGUUUUUCGUCGGGGCAGAAUGUGUGGUUCAAAUUCACAAUCUUGCCGCAUAAGUUAUUGUUGGAUUUGAGUUAUCAUUUGAAUAUUUCAGUUGGUUUCUUCUUCUUUUGUCCCCAAUAUAAUGUCACAAUUUUAUUGUGUAUUCGUUUUAAAAUAUCGAGAAAUUAGAAAGAGCAAUGUGUUUCCUUCUC